CUGGCAUGUGGCCUGGCAGGGCCCUGCCGUGUGCCCCUGCUCAGCCUCUACAUGGUACAGCCUCAGCAGGAGUGUCUGCUGCCCUUCACGGUAUGCCCCAGGCUGUGCUGCUGCUCAGGAAAAAAAAAAAGUUAUUAUUUAUAUCUAAAUUUAUCUCUAAAAAUCUGUAUUCAAAUUUGUAUCUAAAUAUCAACCCUUGUCAGAGCGAUCGUUUCACGGACCUCACGGAAGAGGUGAAUUUUCUGAAAGGAUGAAGUUUAAAAGGAGGAGUGUCAUUUUUUAUCUGGUGUGCAUAAAUUAGGUUUUGUGCUCUUCCUUGCUAAAACAUCUGGUUUGGAGCAUCUGUUGCACCUUUCAUGUGCUGCUCUGUGCUGUACUGCUUCUCUGUCAGAAUUUGCACACACAACUCGAGCUGUAAUAAUUUGGACACUGAACAAAUACUGCCAAUGUGUGAGAGGUUCUAGAUGUUGAAGGGGAAAGGUGCAGAGUUAAAAUAACUCUGCUGAAUUUGAGAAAUAUCCUGAAAUCAUAGAUAUCACAGAAUUACCUGGAAGAGUCCUCUAAGACUAAAUCCAACCCAAAGCUCAGCACUGCCAAGCCCACCACUAAACCAUGUUCCUAAAGUGCCACAUCCACACAGAUUUUAAAUAUAGAGAUCUAAAUCACUAAGAACAAGUAUUGCUCUCAUUUAGGGCUCUGCAGAGGAAUAAAUGUAGAUGCAGAAUGAGUAGCAGCUCUGCAGUAAUAGUUUGGGAAUACAAAUAUGCAUCUCAAAGUUCACAAGAAUUUUUGAAGAUUGUUAGAAGCCAUCACACUGAGCACUCUCAUUUGCACAUCAGUGUGAACACACAGGAUUAACCCUUCCACUUUAUCCAGCACUGGUGGAAACGUUCUGAAAGGUUUUGUAGAGUCUUCACCUGGGGAAAAUAAAAAAUCAGAGGUCAAGAGUAAAUUAGCAAAUGGGAUCAGCAAGAAGACUCUGGCUAAUGGUGGUGUUUAUUUUGUAGAAAAGGUUAUAGGUGAUGUGACAAGGAUAAUCUUAUGACUGCUGCUCCUGAUCAGGUGACUUUUUUAUUUAAACAACAAUUCCUCAUUUUGAUGGCCACGGUUUUUAAAGACAGAGGAGCCCUUAGAUCACAGUUUGGCUUUCUUCAUAUCACAGGCUAUGCUGUUUCACCGAAGUACGCCUAUCUCAUUAAAGCUUCCUUCCAGAAAGCCGUCUAGUUUUGAUCUGAAGAUAAAACAAGAGGGGUAAUCAAGUACUUCUCUUGAUAGUUUCAUCCAGUGGUCAAUAAUUGUCAUUUUGAAACUUGCACCUGGUCUCUAAUUUUCAUUUAUUUGCUUUGUCUUCCAGGGAUUUCUUAAUAUAUUUACCCUUCUGUCUAGAUUGAAAAACCCACUUGUAUUUUAUCCUUUCUUCCUCUAAAUAGAAGCAGGUUCCUUCUCUGUUCUGGCUGGUAAAUCAAGAACAAAUUAUAAGUUUAACUGCAAAACAUUUUUACAAUAAUUUUAAUAAUUUCCAAGCCGUUCUUUGUAUUCCCUCUGCUGGUUUUUUGGGGGCAGCAUUCCAGUAGUAGACAUCAGCUGCUGUACUGAAGCUGUUUUUCAGAGCUGUGUUAAAGGGUGCUUGUUAGACAAAUCACAUGAAGUCAGGAAAGCCCCAGAGCUGAAAAUAGAGGUGGGGAGAGUACAUGGGGAAGCGUCACACACAGUUACCCUGGUUUUAAUCUCUCCUUGGUGCUUGUUUAUGGUCUCUGUUCCCACUGGUCUCCCCAAUAGGAGAGCCCAUGAAGCUUCCCUGGAAAGGGCAGGGAGGGGAAAACAGAGAAAUCAGAGAAAAAGUAGAUAACUGUGGGGGAGAGCAAAUGGUGACAAGAUAAGAAAUCAGGACUUAAGCAUCAAAAAAUUUAAUGUGGGAGUGAAUAACAACUGAGCAGAGCCCUUCCACUGUUCCCACUCAGUCCCACUGAAAGCUCACCCUGCAAACCACGGCUCAGGUGUGCUUCAGUGACUCAGGGGCUCCACACACCUGAAGCAAACGAGUCAAAUGUUCACCUGCUGCCUCUUCAGUGAGGAAGGUGACUUCUGGCAGUAAUGCCUUGUAUUGUUUUAAAUAAAUUUUGUAGAGUUCACUCAAUAUCUUUCCUGAGCCCACCAUGGACCAGUUUAGCUGGUGGGUCUGUCUCAACUCUUGAGUUCUUGCUGAGGAAGGUGCACCUGAAGCAAGUGAAAGAAAACUUUGCCCGAAUUCAAGCCUGCAUUUCCGAGCUCCGCUCGCUCCCGGCUGAAGGCUGCUUCCCCCAGGGGGGGAAUGGAGUGGUGCAAGCUGUGCAGGAUGGAUUGCAACAAUUCAAGCAGUACAGCAGGCACACGGCAGCAGGAGGCUCAACAAAUAGUUCUGUUGAGAUCAUGAUUUUGACCAGCCAGCCCAGCAGAGAAAUGGUAAAGCAGCUGGAAAAGAAGCUACAAGACAUAGACCUGGUGAGUCUGCGAAGAAUACAGGUCAUUGAGGUUCUGAAGAGAGAUUUCCUGGAGCCCGAGGACGUGGAGCAGUGUGUGCUAGCAGAGGAGCCCAGCAGUGAUAUGGCAAUCCUGGGAAUGGACAUCGAGGUGCAAACUGUAGAGGACAAUGUCAUCAGCCUGGAGAUGCUGUUUAAAACGUGGCUCCAUGACCAAGGCACAGAGAGGGAACAGCUCCAUCUCCUCCUUCCCUCAGGAGGCUUCAGCCAUGCUGCUGCACCCAGGAACACCUUAAUGUGCCUGAAGUGCGAUUUGCAGGAGAGGCUGCUGGACCCAGCCCUGCUUUCAGGGCCAGCUGAUGGCCCUGGGAGAGCAGCAGAUCCCAGUUCUCCCUGGCACGUGGCAGCCUGGCCAUCCACAGUGCUGCACAAACUCCGGGUGCUAAAGGCUCUGAAGUCUGAAGGGGUCUGUGAGUCUGUGCUCUAUGGGCUGCCCUUCAUCAUCAAGCCCACAAGCUGCUGGCAGCUGGACUGGGAUGAACUGGAGACAAACCAGCACAGCUUCCAUGCUUUGUGUCACAGUCUCCUGAAAAGGAAGUGGAUGCUCUUGGCCAGGCGUGAGCCCCAGAACACUGGACCAAACUGGAACGUGGUGGUGCAUCCCUAUUAUGUCAUUGUCCCCUCUGACUCUGCCACUCUCCUGGUGAAAGCAGUGGCCGCCAGCGAGCUCCUGCUGCCAUCAGCCUUCCCAGCCCUCCUGGCUGAGCACCCUGAUCGAGUCCAGGGCCCCAUCGAGAGUGCCCUGAACAACUUGGAAGUGGAAGUUGCUUACAACCCCUUGCACCUGAAGAGCAACCUCUACAAAUACCUGAAGAGUUCCUUGUACAAACCUCCACACCGGCAGCAGCCCCAGCCCCGGGAGCACCGCCCGGAGCGGCACCAGCCCAGGCAGCCUCAGAGCAGAGCCAAAGCUGCAGUGGCUCCCCUGCUGAUGGCUCCCUCUCCUCUCCAAACGUUCAGACCAGCAGCAGCCAGGAGAGGCUCCUGUGAGGGCUCCCUGCUCCCCAAGGAGUACGAGGAGUUCCUGCAGUGAGCACCAGGACCUGCCCCUGGGCAGCCACAGGUCCUGGCUCAGCAGCUGGCCGGAUGUGGUCGGGCAAGACACAGAGCUUGGCCUUGGUCAGACAGGCACUUCCCAUCGUUUGUUCCUCCUUGUUGUUGUUUCACGGUUGUGUUCGUCACCGAGCCAGUUCUGCAGGAAGUUUGCUGCUCGGGGACCCUCUGUCCAGAGAUCCAGCUGUCCCCUGCAGCAGCAGCACCACGUAUUUCCUGUUCUUGCCAGCACACGUCACCAGCCUGCCUCAAAUUUGGGUUUCUGAGACUGGGCUAGCACAGGCCACAGAUCACAGAUCUGCAGGAGCAGAAGAGCUGCAGGCAGGGCAGGGAGGAAAUCAGACAGGCAAGGCAGGCAGUCGUGCUGAGCUGCCCUCAUCCCACAGCAGCAGGUUCGGUGGGGUGUUUGAAUAGGGGAUGAAACAGGGCUCUUGAAUUUAAUCUUAAAGCCUGGAGUUCUGCUCUCCCAGAUGAUUUGGUUGCUUCUGAGAUUGGCCUCGCUGUCCAACGCCCCAGCUCAUGAAGGGGGUUGUAGCAAGUGCCAAGCCAGGGCAAUUCCAGAGAAUUCCUGCCCAGAUGCCAGCCUGUUUUUCAGUGCAGGUGCAGGGCAGCUGCCCCUGGCACAGCAGGAGCCGAGGGCAGCUCGACCAAGCCAAGGUGGGGUGGUCUCACCAAGCCCCUGCUGCUGAGCACCAGCACAGUUUGUGUUCUACUUACUUGGUUCUGAAAGCUGUUUCAAAAUAAAGUUAUCCUCCAUUGAGUUCA